AUGGAACUGUAUUUCAAAACUUUGAAAAACAAACGCUUGGUAGCCACUGGUCGAUAUUUAUGUUCCCGUUCUCUUGCCGUUUCAGAACAAGGGCAAACGACCAGCAAGAAGAAGACAACAUUUUCGCGACUGCUUCGAGGAUUAAAGACGCACAGGAAGGAGAAACAAACGCAAGCUCAAGGCUCCCCGAGGCACGGCCGCGCAAGAAUGGGCGUACCACAAAGAUCAACUGUUGAGCACGCUGCAACGCGAUCUUCUCGUCAAAGUAAUGACGUGCAGUUGCUUUUUGCUUGGGGCACGAUUAUUGAUGCUGAGAUAUCCAUGGAAUUGGUCGAGUUAACAGAUAAUCGCCAGAUCGAAUGUCAGGCAAUUGACAGAAACCGGGGAUGCGCAUCGACGGAACACCGAAGCCUCUGAGAAUCAAUGAUUUCCAAGAUUUCCCAUGUGCCGGCGAUUUACUAGAUCCUCCUACGACGCCACGACGAGAUUUGAACUCUUGA